AUGUUCGGAGUGGUUUUUCCAAACCGUAGUUUCCCCAUGGACAUUUCAACCUUCGCUCAAAUCGACACUUUCCAUUGGAUCCUCGACAUGAACACAUUCGUCGGUGAAGCGUACGAUCAAGUCACCGAAAUCUGCAUCUUCCUCCUCAACAGCUUCACACUCCCACCAGACAAAGCUCUCGCCGUCUACGUCCAAUCGCCGGGAUCACCGUUCGUUUUCUGCGGCGCCGUCACCAUCGCUCGUCCCUCCGCCGUGUUAUCUCUCCCAUGGCCGGAGCCUGGUUCCGGUAGCUUACAGCCGCAAUUGACGGCGGAUGCUCAACAGCUUUCGGCGAAAAUCGGUGUUUCUGUGGAGGAUCUGGCGUCGUUGCCGUCGCUUGAUGUGGCAGGUGAGAAGAGGAUUGAACGGUUAGCGAUGAAAGUUGGCGAGAAUUUGUUUAAUUUUAUGCAAUCGUUUUGCGGUGUCGAUGGAUCGAAGUUGAUUGUUCCGAUGGAUAUUUUGGAUCGGUGGUUUAAGAAGUUUCAAGAGAAGGCUAAGCGUGAUCCUGAAUACUUGAAGGGUUUCGCUUUGUAA